AUGUCUUUGUUAUGGAUGGGCGAAUCACACCGUGGGACGGCGGCAAACAUUGCCGAAUACCAAGAUGGUAGGUUUCGGGUCCAUUCACAUACAUACAUUCAACCAAGUGCGGUUAUAAUACCGUAUUUGGAACUAGCCGGUUUUGCAAAUGUGGCAAAGAUUGCAAGUCUAAAAGUAGACUCUAAACUAAUUGUUGCAUUGUUAGAGAGAUGGAGACCGAAGACACAUACCUUUCAUUUACCAACAGGUGAAUGUACUAUCACACUAGAGGAUGUGAGUAUGUUACUCGGUCUCCGAAUCCAUGGUAAAGCUGUUAAUGGCCCAACAAACGUAACCAAUGAUGUUUACAUGGAAAAUUUGGGCAUCGAACCAACAACUUCGGAUAAAAAUGGGGCUUCUGUCAAAAUAGUUUGGUUAGAAGCAGUAUUAACACAACUCAAAAAUAACCCUAACCCGUCCGAGGCAGAAAAUAUUCUUCAUGCAAAAAUUUAUAUUUUACUUUUAAUUGCUACUUUUUUAAUGGCAGAUAAGAGUCACAAUUUGUUGCAUUCUUCUUGGUUACCUUUAGUAGGAGACCUUGAAAAAUGUAAUACAUACAGUUCGAGUUCUGCUUGUUUGGCGACACUAUAUAGACAUAUGUGCAAGGCGGCCCAUAAAGGAGUCAAGAGCAUAGCGGGAUGUGUUGUAUUACUAACUGUAUGGGCAUUCACACGCAUACCCUUGUUAGUCCCGGUUAGUAACGAGGUUCCAUCACAUCCUUAUGCAUUAAGAUGGUGCAGACGAGGUAUGAAUUAUGGAAAUAAUCCUCGUCAUCAUCUACGAGGGUACCGUGUUGCAAUAGAACACAUGGAAGAAAACGAUCAAAGCAUUCAGAUAAGUGCAAAUCCUAUUUCCGAUGUACGGAAGAAAAUGGGAAAUGGAGAAAACUUGAAACUACACGCUAUUAAGUUUGAUAAUGUGGACAUUGAACAAAAAUACAAAGUCCUUGCACAACGGAAAAUAAUUCCAACUAGGUAUAUGGAUCAACCUUCUUUCAUACUUUAUGUAUUGCUGAGAAAGUUGAAAGGUUGUUUGAGAAAUUCGGUGUGA